AACCUCUCUCCUCCAUUGUCCUCUCAACCUUAAAAAAAAAUGUGCGAAACUAGAAAUUUUUAUCUAUGGCUCAUCCAAGUUGUACUCCUCACAGUAAUCCUUUUCCUUCUUCUAUGGUUUCUCUUACCACCCAGAAGCCCAAAAUACACCAUUAAUGACUUCUAUGUUCCAGCCUUCAAUGAAGCCAUGAACACCACCACCACCACUAAAGAGAUCUCGAUUCGUAACACAACCAUCAUCUUUCAUCUGGAAAUUGAGAAUCCAAACGAAGAUAAUACUAUUUCUAGUGAUGCAAUAAAGGUAACAUUGUUCUAUGGUAAUGAUAGUCUUGGUGAAACCAUAUUUAAUCAAAUUGUUUCUUUAAACAAAGGGUCUAUUAUAGAGAAUGGAAUUGUGAAUGGUGAUCGACAAUUACUUCAGAAAGCAGUUUCAGGGGUUGUUCGGAACCGGAUGACGACGAAGACGAAAACCGCGGCGGCCACAGCUGAUUUAAGAAUGGAUUUGGUUACUGGAGUUAAGUAUAAAAUGUGGUUUUGGAAGAGCAAGCAUCAUGGGGUUAACAUGGAAGGUAAGGUUCCAGUUGGUAAAGAUGGAAAGAUAUCAGCUAAGAACAAGAAACUAAGGCUUCAUCGUUCUCCCAAGAAACACAAGUAAUCAGUGU